UCCUUCAGUAAAAUCCAACCGUAGAAACCCAUCCUUUUUCUCUCACGUUCGCUUUUCUACCAAUUCUGCGAUAGAUCUCCGAUUCGUCUGAGUAUCGUCGGGUCUUUUCAAUGGCGCAUGGCGGCUACGCCCAUCGCCGCGUGGAGGGACGGCGGCAACUUGGCCGUCGGUCGAACAGUUUGGGGGUGGAUAAGAAACUGAAGAAGAAAGAUUCUAUCUCUCUUAAGAACCAGAUACGAUCCACGGAGCGUUUUCUUCGCAAGGACCUUCCCCCUGAAAUUAGGGUAUUUCAGGAGCAGAAGCUGGAGGAACUUAAGAAGCAACAAGAGACAAAAGCUCGGUUGGCAAUACAACGCAAGAUACUCUUGAGGGAUAAAAAGAUUAAGUUUUUGGAGAGACGAAAGGUUGAGAGAAUGAUUAGGCGUUUAGAGAAGCAGCAACGUGUUUCAUCUGACAAUGCAUCAGAGAACCAGCUUGCAAAAUUGAGGGAGGAUCUGGAAUACAUUAGGUUCUUUCCUAAGACAGAGAGAUACGUUUCACUGUUUGUUGGAGGAGAGAAUCCAAAAAAUAUUGAUAAGAGAAACAAACUACGCAAGCAAAUCAAGGAAAACCUAGUGGCAGCUGCUGCUAGUGGAAAAGAUUUAGAAGAAACAGGCAGUGAUGAUGAUCUGCAAGAUAUGAGUGAGGAUGAUUUUUUUUUGGCGGGCAGUUCAGGUGAUGAGGUUGAAGCAGAUGAUGAAUGGACAGACAAAAGCACAAGAGAGACUACUUCUUGUGCAUCUGGUAAAGCAACCUCUAGUAUGUCCAGUGAUGAAAGAAAUCAGAGAAAUAUAUGCGAGCAAACCCUCAUGCGACCACCUCGACCAUUGCCGCCUAGUAGAUUUCUGUCUGAAGAGAAGACUAGACUGUCAACAUUCAGAAGUGCUCCCCCGAGGAGGAGCAGAAUCGUCUCUAGAGGUCAGAGAUUGUUAAAUGCUGACCAAACAAGCAAUCUGAGUUCAAAUUCUGAUGUUCGUAAGCCUCGUCGUAAAAGACGACCCAAGAAGAAAAAGCAGGCUUCUUCAACAUAGAAGAUGGUGAAUGGAAUCAAACUGUUAUCAUCUACACAACAUGAUGACUUACAAUGAAGACUUCUAUUUUUCAUUUUUUUUUGGUCACUACAAAAUAUGUCUAAGUUCUCAUCAGAUGCUAGAAAUGGGAACAUAACUGAAUCUUUUUAGAGAUUCUAAAAUCACCUCGGUGGUUAAUUUCUAAAUACCAAUGUUUCGGGUGGUCGACAUGUAAUUAUCCCUAAUAUUUAUUUUGAGGGAUUGAUUAUAAGGACCAUAAAGAAGGAAUCAGUGUAUUUUUAGGGAUAAUUACAUACAAAACUCUGAAAACAUUGCUAUUUACAAAACUAACAUCUUUGUGAUUUUUUUAUGCUGAACCAUUGCAUUUAUGCGCAUGUAUUGCAGUUUUAUCAUAAAUUUUAAUAUUUUAGUGUGAAUUUGAAAAAGGGAUGGAAGAGGGUGUUAGAUUUGUCAAUAGCAAUGUUUAGGGUUAUGUAUGUAAUUGCACCUUUUUAGUAUAGGAUUAUAAACGCUAUCUUCUGCUUGAUAUUA